UAUCCAGUUAUUGUUAUCAUUCAGUUCGUUUAAUUUCUAUUUAGCAACAGAUCAGAUACAAAUUUAACAUGAAUGAAAGUGUUCUAAAUAUUUUACCAAAUUAUAAACAAACAUUGCCAAAUUGAUAACAUAUUACCAAUUAGCCGAAAACCUGAUCAAAAAACAAAACCAAUUGACGAAACUUAUAUAAAGGCAUAUAUAUUUGAUAAUAAUGGUACCACUUAAGCUAUCCUACUCGUUCGAUGUUAUUCUGCUGAAAUCUAGUCGAUGCCCACUCGAUGGGGAGGAGAACCCAUUCACCUACAGCGUCCGCCUAUUAGCUGAAUUUGUCGAACUGCCAGAGAAUCGUCUGUUUGCCCAAUGCUUUCCUUCCAAGGCGCUGGGCAAGUUCGUCGCUAGUCCCUGCGAACUAAUUGGUGCACUGACCACCGAGGGCAUCCGGGUGAACGUGUACGAGCAUGGCCAGAUAUUCGGCUGUGGCAACUGCAAGCCAUCGACGCAAAUGCUGCGCCAGCUAGCGCGUUCCACAUUCCCGGUGAAUGAGGUUCUGAGUGUCGACUUGCAGAAGGACAAAACGCACGUAGCUCAAUUAGACCUUAACAUUAAGUUCAGCUCUGCCGAUCCGGAUCUAGACAGCCAAAUGUUGCCAAAUGGGUGUUACGAUUUCUGCCGUCCGUUGGACAAGUCCAUCAAUCCACGUGACUUCAUCUUCACACUGGGUCGCUCAGAAAAAUGCCCGGCGACCUCCUGCAUCAUCGACGAGCGUUUUAUGACGCAUGUCGGUGCACCCUUUAGCUGCGAGCAUAAGAAGAGCCAGCCGACUGGCAGGGAAUGUGGUUGUGCCAGAGGUCGAUCCGACCAAAGGACGCGAUCGUAGGCUGCUAGAAAAGCUGCUGAUCCAUCUGUGUGUACCCAGGACGUGUGACCACAAGCCUUCCAGACGUUGCAAGUGUCUGAAAUAUCAAUCAAUCAAUGACAGCAACACAUUAAAGCGAUGCCAGCUCCAUUCGGAAGGGGAUGAGGAACAGAAAUAGCAUCCAUUGAAAUUUAUGUCGGUGACAACUGGAAUUUGAACGGCGGCAAGAAGUAUAGAGAUAGUCAUCGACUAAUUGCUGAGAAGGGGGACGCCUCAAGCCAGAGUUUGCGGACAUAAUCAAUGCCUGACCGCAUUUGCAGCAGUUUGCAAGUAACCCCUCAAAAACAAAAGCCGUAAAAAUAAUCAAGAAACAAAAACAACUAGAUCGAUUAAGAGAUCAAUGGCAUUACGAAUAACUUUUAAAGAACUAGUGUCGAUGGCUUCGAGAAACGCAAGAGAAACCUGAUGGCCCUGGAUGAUUGUAAUCGAAUGUAAUUCAAAAUUUCUUGUUCUCCAAAAUCGCUGUUUCGGUUUAGACGCUAACAAGUUAUUAUUUACUCACACUUUGGCAUUGCUCAUUGAUCGAGUAUCUAUCAUAGGAUUUUUGGAAUUACAUUCAUUAUAUUUUUAAUUUUGGACGCUAAAAUUUUUUAGAUAUUACCUUUCCACUAAGAACACGUUCGUGAAAAAUUGAAAAAUACCCAUCUUAAUAUCCACUUCUAUUUAAAAAUGUGUUGAAUAUGCAUCGAAUAAAGAAGCAAAUGUUGGAA